CAUAUUGAGGUUACUUUCUACAAAUCACAGGUAAUCCUGGCAUAAAUUUAUUAAAUAUUUUCUAAGUUCUUAGUUUGAAGUCCUAAUUCUUCUGUCUUUCAUUUUUUCAUUGAAUACCAUUAUUGUAUUGGCAAUGGAACACAAUGCCCUGGACAAAUAUUAAGCAUGAAUAGACUCUUACAGUGAGAGUCGUUUUAGAUAAAAUUCAUUUAUACAACAGUGAAUCAUACAUAGUCAUUAUACAUGUACCAAUGAAAAAUAACCAUGUUUUAACCCAAUAAAAUUUUAUAGUAAAAUCUAAGACAAAUUAAGUCCAGGUUAAAACAUGACUGUAACUUAAAUAGAAAGGAAAGAGGAUAUUUAGUAAUAGAAAGAGCCCCGAAGCACGAGGUUAUCUGAUUUGUACGAAGGGGCGUAGCCCCCGAGUAUUAUAAUCAUACUGCUGAGUGUUUUUGGUGUUCUUUCUCUUUUGUAUCAUAGUCAAACAUAAAAACACGUUCCCUGUCGUCACAAUAUAAAACCCCGGCAAAAAUGAACCAAUGAACGAGCAUCUGAAUAUGAUAUUUCUGUCGCUUUCCCUUUCUCUGCCGUCACAAUAUGUAAACCCAAGCAAAAAUGAGCCAAUCAAUGGGCAUGCUCUGGAGUGCGGGUAACUUAUACCCGCACUCCAGUUAACGCACUGUGCAUGUAUAUGUAUACGAUUUAACCCUGACACAUUUGCAACAGAAAGGUCUCCAAACUAUGAUACAAUAAUAGUUUAUACAAAGUGUAAUGUUCUGAAAAUAUAGGUUUCAAUAAAAUAUUUUCAAGUAAAUCUAAAAACAAGUAAUAAUUUCUGUAUUGAACUUUUGAGAGAAAUAUUGUCACAGAAGACUUUGUGACAAUUGUGAGAGAAAAAAUCUGGUUUCAUGCAAAAUUAUCGAUUGAUCUUUCCACACUUUCAGUGACCGCCAAAUCAAGAGGCGGAUGAAGGUUCUAAAUCUGAGGCGGCGCAGGGCGGAAAGUCCGGUAGAAGAUAUAAUUUCUGCUCUUCAUACAGAAGUUGAGAAGAGUGGUCAUUCAGCUGGCAUUGAUAUGUUAAGGAGACGAUUAUUUCUAAAUUUCAAGAUAAUUGCUAAAAGGUCAACAGUCAGAGAUGUAAUUGAUCUACUGGUACCAGGGUCACUUGCAAACCGAAGAAAGGGGCGUUUAAUGAGAAGGAUCAAAACCCAGGACCCAAUUAUUUGAUGCAUGUCGAUCAGUACGAUAAACAUGCUAAAUAUGGCUUCUUUAUCCAUGGUGCCAUUGAUGGUUUUAGUAGAAAGAUUAUGUGGUUGCAUUUGGGAAAUACUAACAGAGAUGGUGCAACAGUCCUGCAUUUUUACUUGAAGUGUGCUCUGUCUAUUGGAGGUAUACCAAAAUUUGUGCGGGUCGAUGGUGGGACAGAAAAUAGACUGAUGCUUCAAGUCCAUUCAAUUCUCAGGAAAACUGAACCUGAUCAUAAACCAUAUUUCGUUGGACGUUCUGUUCACAAUCAGAGAAUUGAAAGGUGGUGGCAAUUCCUAAGAACACAUUUUACACAGUUCUGGAUGGAGGUUUUCACAGAGAUGGUAAACCUACAAAUUUAUGAUUCAUCUAAUGAAUUACAUUAUCAGCUGUUGCAGUUCUGUUUUACUCCUGUCUUAAGGAACAACAUAAAAGAUAUUGUUGAAUACUGGAAUGGUCAUAAAGUUAGGAAAGUUUCCAAUUCCCAAUGUCCUGCUGGUGUUCCAGAAAUACUUUUCACUGUGCCGGAAGUAUAUGGCAAAUCUGAUUACAGACAACCAGUUGAGUCAGAUCUGUUACUUUUCACUAACAGUAUUCUUGGAAAACCACUGAAUGAAUAUAGUUGCAGUGAUGCCUAUGCAGAUAUAUGUUUACAUUUGAUGGCUGACAUGUCAUUGAGAAUGCCCUAUAAUGUGUUUGAAGCUGUAGAUCUUUUUGUGCAGCUUUAGUCAGUGAUUGGUGCUUAAAUAAACAGUUGAUUAGUGAGUUAUUGCAUAAAGAUUGAAAAAUAAAAAAACUU